UAAUAUCUUUGUUAGUUAUUGAGCAAGAUGGCGUCUCAGCAACUUCAAUCUGCUGGUCAAUUGUCUCAAGCCGGUUUACAACAAACUGCAUCAAUGCAACAGCAGCAGCAACAGCAGCUCAGUCAACAACAAGACUUUGAUCCAGUUCAUAGAUUUAAGAUGCUUAUUCCGCAGCUUAAGGAGAGUUUACAGAAUCUAAUGAAGAUCGCAGCAUUAAAUUUGGCUCAUAACACAUCAAUUGAUAACGGCGUUAAAAGCAGCGACACGCCAGUUCAACGUUUUGAUAAAAGUUUGGAGGAGUUUUACGCCCUUUGUGACCAAGUGGAGCUGUGUUUGCGUCUGGCGUACGAGUGCCUCUCUCAGAGCAUUGACAGCGCCAAACAUUCCCCUAAUUUGGUCCCUACAGCCACCAAACCAGACACGGUGCAGACGGAGUCCAUGUCUUAUGCCCAGUACCUCAGCAUGAUCAAGUCUCAGAUCUCCUGUGCCAAAGAUAUCCACAAUGCUCUACUGGAGUGCUCUAAGAAGAUCGCAGGAAAAGGACAGCCUCCGGGCAUGGUGUAGACUCGGACUAAAUAUUUAUAAUUUUUUUUUUUUUUUGGUAUGUUAUAAGAGGAGGCAAAGCCACAAUUUUCCAUGUUUUUUAUUUUGGUUAAAUGCUGUGUAAAUAUUCCUGACAGUGAUGCUUUGUGACCAGCAGGAGGCAACAAAGU